AUGGCCAAGAAGACGAAUAAACGUAUUUCCGAAUCCAGCAAUAGCACAAAGGCUGAGAAGAAUGGAAUCGUCAGCUUGACCUAUAGAAAUCUCACAGAGAACAGGGAGCCUUGGUACCUGAAUACCACCGGGAUGAUCCCUUCCGAGCAUUAUCUGCAUCCUGACCUGGACCACAGAGAUGAAGAAAAUACUUUUUGCCAUAAAUAUGGCCCAAGUUUAAAAACAAUGAUUCCUGUCCGCCUGAAAAAAAGCUCCAUCAGCCCAGUGGACAACGCAGGGCUGGUCUCCUUCGCAAUGUUUUCAUGGAUUUCGCCUUUAAUGAUGAAAGGAUGCAAGAACAAUAUCGACGCAGAAGCUUUGCCCCCGUUAUCGUAUUACGACAGCUCGGAGCUGAACGCCAAAAGAUUUCGACUCCUGUGGGAAGCCGAGCUGGCAAAAUUUGGUCCAGAGAAAGCUUCUCUCGUCCGCGUCGCUCUACAGUUUCAGAGAACCCGAAUUUUGAUUGACUUCCUGGUAAAUUGCAUUUGCAUUACUCUUAGUGCUUUAGGACCGACUGUGAUCAUCCAUAACAUCCUCCGGCACAGCGAAAGUGGUUCCACUGACCUUCUUAGGGGGAUUGGCCUCUGCAUAGCGCUCUUUCUCGCAGAAUCCACCAAAACAAUUUUCUGGUCGUUGACGUGGGCAAUCAACUACCGUACCGCUAUGAGAUUAAAAGUGGCUGCAUCUACGGUGGCCUUUGAGCAUCUGCUGGCGUUUAAGACUUUGUCCCACAUUUCAGUUGGAGAAGUAAUCAAUAUUUUAGCUAACGACGGCUAUCGGAUGUUCGAAGCGGCCGUGUUUUGCCCCUUGCCAGUUGCAGUGCCUGUGCUGAUAGUGGCUUGCACCAUCUAUUCGUGUCUUAUCCUCGGUCCCACGGCGCUCACUGGAACGUUUGUUUAUAUUCUGUUCAUACCCUUACAGAUGCUCAUGGCUAAGUUGAUGUCCGUAUUCCGGAGGGCUGCCAUUGUGGUGACCGACCGACGAGUGAGGAUAAUGAACGAGAUUCUGACUUGCAUCAAGCUGAUCAAGAUGUACGCUUGGGAAAUGUCCUUUGCAAAAGCCGUCAGAGGCAUCAGGAAUGCGGAAAGGAAAAUAUUAGAAAAAGCAGGAUAUGUCCAGAGUGUGAAUACUUCCCUUGCGCCAAUUGUAUCCACCUUGGCCAUUGUCAUGACGUUUGUCCUCCAUACCCUUUUGAAACGAGAACUCACGGCCUCUGUGGCUUUCAGUGUGAUUGCAAUGCUGAAUGUAUUGAGGUUUUCAAUUGCCAUUUUACCUUUCUCUGUGAAAGCAGCAGCGGAAAUCAAAGUUUCUCUACAAAGACUGAAGAAAAUCCUCGUCACUAAAAUUCCUCCUCCGUAUGUAACGAAACUGAACGACUCCGAAAAUGCCAUCCUGCUGGAAAAUGCCUCGCUGUCCUGGGAAAGUCCGAAUGAAUGCGCUGCCAAGUCCAGCGAGGUGGCCCUGGCUAAUGGGGCGAGCACCUUUAAAUGCCAGCCCGACCCGGAACCCACCCUUUGCCAUUCCCAGAUAUCGUUUCAAGAAGCCAAGGAGAAGAGCGACGGCCUGGCCUUGCACAAGAUCCAUUUUGCCAUAAAGAAAGGCCAGGUUUUAGGGAUUUGUGGAAACGUUGGAAGCGGGAAGAGCUCCAUCAUAGCAGCAAUACUAGGACAGAUGCAUCUGCACCGAGGGAGAGUCGCCGUGGAUGGGACUUUGGCUUACGUGUCUCAGCAGGCAUGGAUAUUUCAUGGGAGCGUCAGAGACAACAUCCUGUUCGGAGAACCGUUUGAGGAGCAAAGGUACAAUUAUGCCAUCAGUGUUUGCAGUCUGAUAUCGGAUUUGACCAUCCUUCCAUACGGAGAUAUGACUGAAAUAGGCGAAAGGGGGCUUAACCUUUCUGGAGGUCAGAAGCAGCGAAUCAGCUUAGCUCGUGCCGUGUAUGCCAACAGAGACAUUUACCUCCUGGACGACCCGUUGUCGGCUGUGGAUGCCCAUGUUGGGAAAAACAUUUUCGAGAAAUGCAUCAAGGAAGCCCUGCAAGGGCGAACGGUACUCUUGGUGACUCAUCAGCUGCAGUAUCUGGAGUUUUGUGAUGAGAUCAUAUUGCUAGAAGAUGGAGAAAUAUGUGAGAGUGGAACCCACACCGAGCUGAUGGAAGCGGAAGGGCGCUACGCUCAUCUCAUUCAGAAUCUGCACAUGGAGGAAACUACGGACAUUUUGCCCCCAAGCGACAAUUACAAAUUUAUUUCAAAUCCAGUGACCAGAACGCCAGAGGAAGUUCAGGAUAAUGCCACAGAAACAAACGCCAAAGGAAUUGACAAUCCUGUUUUUUAUGUGUCUGAUGAGACAGAUCAGGAAUCCAAGAAGGACCCUGAAGAAGGAAAAGACACAGCUCCUGCCAACCAACUUGUUCAGAAGGAGCAAAAGCAGGAAGGUUCUGUGUCGUGGAAAACCUAUCACACUUACAUUAAGGCAUCCGGAGGUUUCAUAUUAUGGUUCUUUGUGGUGCUGCUCUUUGUUCUGAUGAUUGGCUGUUCGGCGUUCAGCAACUGGUGGUUGAGUUUCUGGCUGGAGCAGGGCUCGGGGGCCAACUGCAGCUUGUCAGUGAACACAACCUGUAAUGGAGGGAGCAUUACUGAUAAUCCUAACCUACACUUCUAUCAGUUGAUCUAUGGAAUGAGCAUGGUGUCCAUGAUUGUCCUGAGCAUCAUCAAGGGGUUCGUUUUCACGAAGACGACGCUGAAAGCUUCGUCGACUCUACACAACACCAUGUUUCACAAGAUCUUACAGAGUCCAAUGAGCUUCUUUGAUAUGACUCCCACUGGCAGACUAAUGAACCGGUUUUCGAAGGAUAUGGACGAAUUGGACGUGAGGCUCCCGUUCCAAGCUGAGAGUUUCCUGCAGCAGUUUUUCAUGGUGCUCUCCAUCCUCGUCAUCAUUGCAGUUGUGUUUCCUUUCCUCCUCAUUGUUGUGGCUAUCCUCAUGAUUGUUUUUGUGCUGCUCUUCCGGAUUUUCCAGAGGGCUAUCCGGGAACUAAAACGUCUGGAAAACCGGAGCAGGUCUCCGUGGUUCUCUCUGAUAACGACUUCGGUCCAGGGCCUUAGUACGAUUCAUGCCUACAACAAGAAGGACGAUUAUAUUGCUCGAUUUAAAGAGCUGAAUGACGAGAACUCAAGCCAUUUCAUGUUGUUUAACUGUGCGUUGCGUUGGUUUGCGUUGAGGACCGAUAUCCUCAUGACCAUUGUGACUCUGAUGGUAGCUCUCUUUGUUGUUCUCUCCCCUUCUUCCAUCAGCACCGCAGCAAAAGGCUUGGCUUUAUCUUACAUUAUCCAGUUAAGUGGGCUUCUUCAAAUCUGUGUAAGAAUGGGAACAGAGACCGAAGCGAAGUUUACUUCCGUUGAGCAGAUCAUGGAAUACAUCACGACCUGUGUUCCUGAGGUGCCGGAGGGUGCCACGUUUGUCAGCCCUCCCCUCAGCUGGCCAGACCAGGGAGAAAUAGUCUUUCGAGGAUAUCACAUGAAAUACAGAGAAAACAGCCCCUUGGUUCUCAUUGACAUACAUCUGAGCAUUCGCGGCCGGGAAAAAAUUGGGAUCGUUGGCCGGACAGGCUCCGGUAAAUCGUCCUUAGGGGUCGCCCUGUUCCGACUUGUAGAACCCACCUCCGGCACCAUCCUGAUCGACGGGGUUGACAUCUACACAAUAAGUUUGGAAUCUCUCCGGACGAAGCUUUCGGUCAUUCCUCAAGAUCCUGUUCUGUUUGUAGGUACCGUAAGGUACAACUUAGACCCUUUUAACCACUACACAGAUGAUCAAAUCUGGCAAGCUCUGGACAGAACGUUUAUGCAGAACACAAUUUCCAAAUUGCCAGGAAAGCUUCAGGCAGAAGUUGUUGAGAACGGAGAAAAUUUCUCUGUGGGGGAACGGCAGCUACUCUGCAUGGCGAGAGCGCUUCUUCGGCAUUCCCGAAUCAUACUUCUGGAUGAGGCCACAGCCUCCAUCGAUUCCGAGACGGACACACAGAUCCAGCAGACCAUCAAGGAAGCUUUCAAGGACUGCACAGUCCUGACCAUUGCUCACCGGAUCAACACCGUCCUCGAGUGCGACCGCAUUUUGGUUAUGGACAACGGAAAGGUAUCCGAGUUUGGCAAACCGGAUGAGCUCAUGCAGAAUCCCGAUUCUGCGUUCGCGUUGCUUUUGGCCUCCAUGAACCAAGUCACAUCGUAG